UACCCUUAGGCUAUGCAUGUGUCAUGAUCCGAAUUGACGCCACAAACCCCGGAAGCUUCACAAAGAUCAAAUCUUUUCAAUUCCAAAUAACACUCAAAAACCUUGCAUCUUAAACAAACCAUCUCCAAUUCCACGAUCUCCCCUCGAUAAUUCCAACAAUCAUCGAACUUUUGACGAACAAAAACAAUGGAGAAACACUCAUCAUACGGCAUCUCAAUCUCAAUCUCCAACCCCAUUUAUGUUCUCUCUAAACUUCAUUAAAUUCCUAUCAUUUCUGGGUCUAUUCAGUUCCUUUGUGUUUCUAUAUUCAAUUUUCAUGGAAAUCCCAGCAAAAACAGACACACCAGCUUCUCAAAAGCAUGUGUAUUCGGUGUGGGCAAUUCCACCAGAAGAUGUGGCUGUGAGGAUCAAGAAGUUGAUGCAGGGUUUAAGGUCGGAAUUUGGUGGGCCUCAGUUUGAGCCACAUGUCACUGUGGUGGGUGCUAUCAGUUUAACUGAGGAGGAUGCUUUGGAGAAGUUUAAAUCUUGUUGUGAUGGGGUUAAGAGUUAUGUGGCUACAGUUGAUCGUGUGGCUACCGGGACUUUCUUUUAUCAGUGUGUUUAUUUGCUUCUCCAGCCAUCUCCUGAGGUGGUGGGAGCUGGUGGACAUUGUGCUGGGCAUUUUGGGUACAAGAGCUCAACUGCCUACAUGCCUCAUCUGAGUCUCCUGUAUGAAGAUCUAACCGAUGAGGAGAAGAAAAAGGCUCAAGAAAAGGCAAAUAGUCUUGAUGAGAGCAUUAAUGAUCUGAGUUUCGAGAUAAGUCGCCUUGCACUGUGGAAAACAGACACCGGGGACAAGACCUUGAAAUCAUGGGAAAAGAUAGCAGAAUGCACACUCAGUCCUCCCAAUUAGGCAAACCGGUACCUCUUUUUCCUUAACGGUUACAAUAAAACCUACAAGGUGCAUUUCCUUUCCAGUUGUUUAUGCAAUGAGAACACCACAUAGUUUUUGUAGCGACUCUCUGCUAGUAAGCUUCGGUGUAAUUAUUCCGAGUUGUAUAGAGCCGUGGACACCUAUAUUAGAUAAUUUGUGCAGUUUUUAUUUCCACUUAGAAACUGUUGCUGGGGAUUCAACUGAUAGGAGUUGAACCUUUAAUCUUAAUCUCAGGCAGUCAAUUGCCCUCCUACUUGUUAUUGGUCAUCUUGCGAAUGUUGUUCAGUAGGCCGUCUUUGGUUUGAUUUUGUUGUAGAUUUGCAGUAUUGCGACUUGUUUUGCUGAA